CUGUAUGUCAAAAAAGAGACCUGGUGUAGCAGCCGCCGUGCGCUUGCAGCAGAAGCUCACUGCCGCGGAUAUAUCACUCUGGGAACGCGUCGAAUCGCAAUUUGCAGAUGCAGGAGGAAGUGUUACGAAAGCAUUGGAGACAGGUGCUGAUAGUAUAUGCCAGGGCGCAACAUAUUUGACCAAAUCGCAGCUGCUGAAACUGGUUGAAUGGAAAUUCUCCGUUGGAAAACCGCGUCACGCUCUUAAAAAGUACCUCGCCUCCAACUCCGAGCAAGAUGUCAACAAGUGGACGCGAUCUGGUAUAGCAAAAGCACACAAUGCGUUGUCUACGAACGAAUUAUCGGUAAAGGAAGCCUUGCAGGAAGUUAUCAAGCUCCAAGGAGUCGGUCCGGCCACAGCUAGCGCAUUGCUUUGUCGAACCAAUCCUGCUGCUUUCUGCUACAUGUACGACCAAGUCAUCGAUGCUUUUGAGCCCAAAAGAGACUACUCUCUAGCCGUGUACUUGCGAGUCAAUCGUGAAUGUUCUCGAAUUGCCCAGACCUUGGGAGAAAAAUGGACUUCGGCUCGAGUUGCUCGAGUACUUUGGGUAGCCGCAAAGGUGCUGGCCGGAGGUACAAUGGAAGACUUGACAAUAACCUCGGAUACACACAAUCAAGAAAUAAAUUCAGGUUCGAAGCGUUUGGUGAAAGAGUCAACACCACGAGCGGCAAUUAGACCAAAACGCGCCAGAACAUAA